AAGAAAGAAAAAAGCUCUGACAGCCUCAGGUUAUUUAAUUGGCUGCUCGGUAUCAGAGCUGCUGUGGGACAGUGGGAGUGUGACGUGGAGGCAGAGGCAGCGAUUGGAGGGCAGAGUGGAAUUAUAAGGAGAGGCUGAACCGGACUGAAGCGCCCCAAAGAGCAGCCGGCCUCAGAUCUGGCACCGCAGCAGGACGCAGCACAAGUCUGAGGAGAACAAACCCUCCGCCUUCCUUCAACAUGCAUCCAACGAGACUCCUCAUAACGCGGCAGUGACAAGUGUUUCCAAAGUGGCGAGUAUUUAUCCGUUUAAGCGAGCAGUGUUUGUGCGUAAAAGUCGAGGAGAAGCUGUGCGUAUUUUCGUGCGCUUUUUUUUAAAACCACUUUUUCCUUCGCUGGGAGCCAAGAGAGCAGGCGGAGUUAAGCGUUUCUGGAGGAUUUUUUUUUUCUUCUUCUUCUUUUCGAAUCAAAGGGGAAUAUUUUAGUCCAAGUCUUUCCACCGACAUGGAGUACACGUCAUCCCCGAAACCGCAGCUCUCAUCCCGGGCAAAUGCUUUCUCCAUAGCCGCCCUGAUGUCCAGCGGGAAGCCCAGUAAGGACAAGGAGGCGGAGGAGAACACCAUCAAGCCUCUCGAGCAGUUCGUGGAGAAGUCUUCCUGCAACCAGCAGUCUCUGGCAGAUCUGUCCUCUCUGGACGGCCACGGGGACUUCGGCGGGAGCGCGCCCACGGUGUGCACGGAGCCGCUCAUCCCCACCAAUCCCGGCAUCCCCAGCGAGGAGAUGGCCAAGAUCUCCUGCAGCCUGGAGACCAAAGAACUGUGGGACAAAUUCCACGAGCUGGGCACCGAGAUGAUCAUCACCAAGUCUGGAAGGAGGAUGUUUCCGACCAUCCGGGUCUCUUUCUCGGGGGUGGACCAGGACUCCAAGUACAUCGUGUUGAUGGACAUCGUCCCGGUGGACAACAAGCGGUACCGGUACGCCUACCACCGCUCCUCCUGGCUGGUAGCCGGCAAGGCGGACCCCCCUCUGCCCGCCAGGUUGUACGUGCACCCGGACUCUCCGUUCACCGGGGAGCAGCUCAUGAAGCAAAUGGUUUCCUUCGAGAAAGUCAAGCUGACAAACAACGAACUGGACCAACACGGACAUAUCAUCCUGAACUCCAUGCACAAGUACCAGCCACGAGUCCACAUUAUUAAGAAGAAGGACCACACGGCCUCACUGCUUAAUCUCAAAUCUGAGGAGUUCCGCACCUUUGUCUUCGUUGAGACCGUCUUCACCGCCGUCACAGCCUAUCAAAACCAGCUGAUAACCAAGCUGAAGAUUGACAGCAACCCAUUCGCCAAAGGUUUCCGGGACUCCUCGCGGCUGACAGACAUGGAGAGCAGGGAAAGUGUUGAGAAUCUGAUCCACAAGCACUCGUACGCCCGGUCGCCAAUCCGAACCUACGCUGGGGACGAGGAGAACCUGAGCGAGGAUGGACACGCCACACACACCAGAGGUUCAGCGUUCACUGCUUCAGACAACCUUUCCCUGAGCUCCUGGGUCACCACCACCUCCGGCUUCUCGGGCUUCCAGCACCCACAGUCCCUGUCGGCCAUGGGCACCGGCACCGCCUCCCUGCCUCACCCCAUCCAGGGCUCCCUGCCGCCCUACAGCAGGCUGGGCAUGCCGCUGACGCCCACCGCUCUGGCUGGAACCAUGCAAGGCAGCGGUCCAUCCUUCCCCUCCUUCCACAUGCCCCGCUACCACCACUACUUCCAGCAGGGGCCCUACGCCGCCAUCCAGGGACUCCGCCACUCCUCCACUGUCAUGACACCCUUCGUAUGACUUGGUCCUGCAGAGGAGACAGCCGAACCUCGCCCUGACGCUCACCCACCUUAUUUCUCCACUCCGGCUCAUCACUCCUCAUCCAGUUUGUAUCUUACCCCCUGGUCUUUGUAAAUAGCUCACCUGCAAUGAGUGAGGUGAUGAUAAUGACAUGAAGAGGAUGAGGUGUACUGACAGCCAAUCAAAGGCGGACUGUGGCACCCUCCUUAGGACCUGCGGAAACACCAGCAGAUCCUGUGGUUUCUAUGAACACUUCAGAGACAUUGUACAAACACUUCCAACCUCAGUACAAACUAUACAACCUAAAGCAAGAUGAUAGCAGGAGCAUGUUUGAUCCUGGCCUUUGAAGAACAGAAAGUGGAUCCUCAACUCAUUUAACAAUAAGUAGAAGUGUCUCCCUUUUAACUUUUAUCAGUUGUAACGCGGUCUCUACGAAGGCUUUAAAGAUGGCAGGCUGCUGUGUAAUUCUUCAGACUGAAACUCAUCUGAUGCUACAGUACGUUAGACACCAAACAUUUCAAUGUAUCAGACAGGCGGAGAAGCCAUCUCAGCUUUCCGCUGUUUUUGAGAAAGCCAGCCAUAUGUAGAGUUCAAACUUACAACUCCACACUGUUGAAAAUAUUGUCAGAAGCGUACGUGAAAAUGAACUGUACAAAAACAAACGUGCCACAUUUACUCAUAAGAAAAUUCUCACUGUAUAGUGCCAAAAAAAAAAAGAAAAAAAUCAUAGGACGCAUGCUGACCGCAGUAGACAAACACACUUGGUAAACUUUAUAUUGAAGAAUAUGGUAUGAAUGAGCUUGUCUGUGAAAGGGUGAAGGAUUUUUGCUUUGUUUAAAGGCCCGGGCACACCAAAUAUUAAAUCGGUUACUUUUAUUGGAAGCAGUGGCUACACACAUGGACUCCUGGGGGUGAAGUGUUCAAAAUGAAUAUAUUAAGAGAGCUGGACUGCUGCUGCUGAGUUGUCCAGGUGGCAACUCACAGUAUUGCACAUAAAAAAAAAAAAUCCCAUAGACUACCAUUACACAGGACAUAAAUUUAGUCGAGCCAAUGACAUCAGAGAGCAGGGGGAAUAAAACUGAAGCCCACACACUAUUCACACCUGUGCUAAUGGACUUGCUAACUGUUAGCUCUAAGAAUUCUAAAAUGUUUUCUGUAACACUAAAUCAUGAAGCAAAUACUGUAAAAUCCUGAGAGCAAAAUGUUAGCGAGAAGCAAGCAGCAGUAAAUGCAAAGAAAUGUAAAGAGUUAUUGUGACAAACUGGCACUAGCAUGCUUGUUGUCAUGUAAGAUGAUAGUUUCCACUCUACAGUAGUUUACCAGUGAGCUCUGUUUGACCAUUUCUAUUGUAAUUCUUGACACAAAGAAUCCACACACCUAGUUUGGUCAGAUAUGUGUCGGUAAAGAAGCAGCUUCACAAAUAAACACCUCAAAAAAACACAAUUUAAAACAAGCCAUAUUUGCUGUUUUCACAAAGACAGAUGGAUGAAUUUUGUUGUGUCACUGUGUGGUGUGCCUGGGCCUUAACUUCUAAGAGACGUUCAAAAGCAUCUGUUUCAAAAUAGCCAUAUUUUAAUUCACUACUUUGAUUUACUUAAGUGAAACUGACUGAAAAUGUAGCUCUUACAAACACUGACCCCAAACAGGUUGGAUUAGAAGACGUUCAUUGUAAUCUGUUUUAUGUCAGAAUUUAGAGAAACAGUAACAGUGUGAGUUCACAUUUUUCAUUGUAAAGAGCUGAAACUUCGACUCUACCACAUUUUCAGCUCUGUGAAACCUCUUAAGCAUUCGGUCUUCAGCAGGUGUUAUCCAUCUGAUUCAUGGCUGCGUCAGAGCAUGCCGACAGGUCGUCCACACCUGGAAAUAAUGGCUCUCUGCAGCAUCAUUUAAAGCAUGCAGAGCUGGAAGCUGCCAGAGUCAAUAAACACAGGGCUGUUUGCUUAAAUUGCAUCUCUAUCAGAGUAUAUGUCAAUUACCAACAAAUUUCAGCUCAUAAAAAUGACAAAAUAUUCACAUUUGUUCCCUGUAAAAUGUCAGAAAUUGGUGAGAAAUAACAAAAAGCACAGAAUGUAACACAUUCAAAGGCCAAAAUAUGAGUUUAUGACAAAAAGAAGCAUGAAAUCAUCACAUUUGAGAAGUUACAACCAGUGAGCAUUUGGAAUUUUUUGAUUAAGUGAUUACAAAAGCAUCAGCUGGCUAAUUUUAAUUUGUUAAAUUUUAAUCACUUCAGCUAAGAAUUUCUCUAAAAAACACGACUUAAGGGACCCCUAUCAAAAAUGUUUCUGUCUGUGAAAACCUUCAACAUCCAGUUUUAAUCAGUUGUACCCAAAACAUGAAAAAUUUCCCUUAACAGUUAGAUUAUAUAUAUUAUGAUGCAGAAUCAUUUUUACCACUAAAGUUUAAUCAUAUUGGAAAGAAGUAGAAAUGAUGAAAUAAUCUCACUGUACUCACUGAACUAGGACACAGUAUUUGACAAAAUGUCUUUGCAGCGAUGAGUCACAUCAUGCACAAAAUCAGCAUUUCUCUGUUUCUUCAUAAAAAAUCACUGAAAUGCAUCAAAGGGGCGUUCGCUUCAUUAAAGGUCUCACUUUUGAUGCUGUUUUGUCGCCGCAUGACGAUCAGUGCAAAGAACUGUGUGAAAAAAUAUUCAUACGUGUAUUUAAGAGCAACAUGAGCUGGUUAACCAAAACACUGUAAAUGUCCUACUUAUUCCACAUUUUUACAUCACGUUAAGCCGGAUACAGAAGAACAUGGACAUAAGGGUUGCAGGGAAGAUGAUUUUAUCUCAUCUGUUUGGUGAGCAGGACAAAGCAUUCCUUUGUUUUAGAAAUAAAAUCUAGGUCUUUUUCUGAUGUACAGCCUGAGCUGAGUGUUGAGUCCCAUCAUUGUAAAGGUUCAAACACCUCUGAGUCUCGACUUACCACUGAAAAUUAUCUCUUUUUAAAAAUGUUUUGUUCCCUUUUGUAUGCCAUGAUCUGAAUACCACACCCAACGAGAUUGUGUUUUUAUGAUUUUUAAGUGCAAUAUAUUUAUUUUGCUCUCUGGAAAUAAUGUGUAAUGUACUAAGCUGCAUUUUAAAAAAGUAGUUAUUUGUAAACCAUGAGAAAUAUAUAUAUCACCACCAAAA